GGCCCGGAUCCCGCUCAGCGCCGCGGGCCCCGCUGCUCGCAGGAUCCCGGGGUCAAGGCUCCUCUCCCUGUCUGCGGCCGCCGGAGCCGUCCUGGGGCUGGGCCGGUGCGGAGGUGACGGAGGGAGGCAGCGGCUCACCCUGCGGGAUGUGGCGGAGCUCAUGCGGAGCAAGGAAUGUCACCGGGUGGUGGUGAUGGCUGGAGCUGGGAUCAGCACCCCCAGCGGCAUCCCGGACUUCAGGUCCCCGGGGAGCGGGCUCUACAGUAACCUGGAGCAGUACAACCUCCCCUACCCAGAGGCCAUCUUUGAGCUCACCUAUUUCUGUAUCAACCCCAAGCCCUUUUUCACUCUGGCCAAGGAGCUCUACCCCGGCAACUACAGACCCAACUAUGCCCACUACUUCCUGAGGCUGCUGCACGACAAGGGGCUGCUCCUGCGCCUCUACACCCAGAACAUCGACGGGCUGGAGCGGGUUGCUGGGAUCCCUCCCCACAGGCUGGUGGAAGCCCACGGCACCUUUGCCACUGCCUCCUGCACCGUGUGUCGAAGGAGCUUCCCAGGAGAGGACUUCAGGGGGGAUGUGAUGGCAGACAGGGUCCCUCGCUGCCCCGUCUGCACCGGGCUCAUCAAACCCGACAUCGUGUUCUUCGGCGAGGAGCUCCCGCAGCGCUUCCUGCUGCACGUGGCCGACUUCCCCAUGGCCGACCUGCUCUUUGUCAUCGGAACGUCCCUGGAGGUGGAGCCCUUUGCCAGCCUGGCCGGGGCCGUGCGCGGCUCCGUUCCCCGGGUGCUCAUCAACAGAGACCUCGUGGGCCCCUUUGCGUGGCAGCAGCGGCACAAGGACGUGGCCCAGCUCGGGGACGUGGUCCAUGGGGUGCAGGCGCUGGUGGAGCUGCUGGGCUGGAGCCGGGAGCUGCAGGCGCUCAUCCAGGAGGAGAAGGAAAAGCUGGACGCCAAGUUCAAGUAGGAGCUGCUGGAGGGGCCGGGCGCUGGCAGAGGAGCUGCGGUGACACCAGCACGGGCAGAGC